CCGAUUGCGUCACAGCUGGUGGACACGCCCAUUGGGCUUCCUUCUACAUUUCCGUAAAGUUUUUUUUUUACUUUCAGCGCAGUUUUCACAUUCUGUACUCGGCUCAUUGAGAGCAGCUGAAGCAGACUGACCCAGGGAGAGUUUGAUAACAGAAAAAAAUGAGUGAAAUCAAACCAAACGAGGCUGUUCCAGCUGAAAAAAGCGGAGAUGAGAGAGACUGGGCAGCGGCCAAAGCUUUUUUUGACAACCUCAAAACUAAAGUACCGAGACCGCCCAAGCCGCAGAACGCCGUGACCAUCGCGGUGUCCUCCCGGACCCUCUUCGACCUGGUGGCCGAGAGGAAGGUCUUCGAGGAGGAGGGACUGGAGACGUACGUGGCCCACCAGGUGGAGCACGAGCACGAGCCUCUGAAGCCGGGAGCUGCUUUCCCCUUCGUAAAGGUAUCGCUGCAGCUACGAUGUUCAGGCCCACGGCGGACGCCGGGCUGAGUGACACCCAGCUGAGGGUGGCGUUCGACGGCGACGCUGUCCUCUUCUCGGACGAGUCGGAGAUCAUCGUGAAGCAGCACGGCCUCGACACAUUCUUCGAGCAUGAGAAGAAGUUCGAGAACAAACCUCUGGCUCAGGGCCCCCUGAAGUGUUUUCUGGAGGCCCUCGGAAAGCUCCAGAGAAAAUUCUACGCCAAGAACGAGCGCUUGAACUGCCCCAUCCGCACCUUCCUGGUCACGGCCCGCAGCGCCGCCAGCUCCGGGGCCCGCGUCCUGAAGACCCUCCGUAGCUGGGGGCUGGAGAUCGACGAAGCCCUGUUCCUGGCCGGCGCCCCCAAGGGGCCGCUGCUGCAGAAGAUCAAACCACACAUCUUCUUCGACGACCAGAUGUUCCACAUCGAGGGGGCCCAGGAAAUGGGCACCAUUUCUGCGCACGUCCCCUACGGGAUCGGACAGAAGUACCACAAGGGGACGCUCAUCAAGGAGCCUGAGAAAAAGGAGUGAUGUGUUGGAAUCCAUGUGCUCCAGAUUAACCUAAGGUUUCAUUUAAAUUAUUUUGUUUCCUACGAGUGGGUUUAAUUACUGAGAGAGCACAGACUUACCUCACACUUUGGUUUUAAAGAUGCCAGCAAAAAGAAAUGGUUUCCUUAUAAACCACAUCUAUUUUUCUACACUUUAUGAUGGUUUUAACCAUUUUUCUUAAAUUUAAAUGUGUUUGAUCUUCAUAGUCUUCAACUGUUUGGUUAUAUACAAAAAAAUGUUAUCUGGGUAAAUAUAGCUUUAUUUUUGGGGAAAAAAAACUACAUUUUUAAUUUGAUAUAAUUAAAAAAAGAGAGAGAAGGCCCACAAGAAGCACUGAUGCUGUUUUAGUUCCUCUCGUUUCUCAUUCUUUGGGUUUUUACACUAAGUUUUUACAUCUACUCUCACCUGUAACCAUAGAUCUUUGGUAUGAGAUAAAAUUUAUUGCAAACUGCGUGUUUUUACACAAAGAUAAAGAGGUUAAAAAACGAGUUGCACAGUUUUGCACACUUUUUUUUUUAAAAUGCUGGCAGUAUAACUGUAUGUUGGACUUAAUAACACAGUCACUUUGUUUUUUUGUUUUUGCAUCACGUAUCUCUUCUGUCUUUUUUUUUACACCUGCUCUGCACUUCUUGACCCAGGAGUAUAGAACGACCGUGAGUUCGGAGCUGAAAGGAACUCACUGGAAAAAGUUUUAGUGUUUACACUGCUUUAACGCAGCGCUUUACUUUUUUAAAUUAGGAAAUUAUGUUCUUUUUAUCUGUUUUUAUCUAUCUGAUAGUUUACAUUUAAGAAGAAGUUUUUAAAAUAUGUAUGUUUUUAUUUAAAACGUCUAAAAGAGCUAAUUGUGGCUUUUUGUGCUUUUUAUAAUUAAGCCACAAUAAAAAAAAAGAUGUGUUAUUGUGUCUUAUAAUUCUAUAUGGAUGCUAUAUUUCACAAUAAAUCCAAACAGAGUAAAAACAA